AUGGCGUUUGCCAAUUCUGCCGGCGUCCAGGAAGGUGGCCCCGGCGUACGACGAUCAGGGGGGGGCGCCUCGACAUGGGCAGUCACAGUGUCACGAGCAAGCGCGCAAGCGAGCAAGCAACCAUCCGUGCUCCGUGCUUUAGCCCUGAUUCAACCUCAAAUCCUCAACCGCUUCAAGGCAGAUCCCGGAUCCCGACGAGACCGAGAAGGAGAAUCUGAAGAUCCCCACUCGCACGGUUCCCUCCUUCGACCCACAGGGCCACUCCCAUCCACCCAGCAUCGACCGGGCAUGAACCUGGGUUAUUCCAGACGAUCUUGUGAGAAGAGGAAGGUCUCCGGUCGAUCUGCGGUUGCAGAGCGAAACCAGGCCAGCAUAAAUGGAGCCGUUGGACGAACGAUCAUCGAUGAUCACCUUAGCAUAAAUAUGGUCAAUGCUUACAAUGCCGAAUCUUCCUCUGCCACCAAAUAUUCUAACAUUGCAGAAUCAGCAAGAUGGUGUUGUUGCUUGGCUUCUCAAUAUCCCCUGUUAGCACCCCAGUCAUCGAGCCUACUUCGAGUAUCCUAGCCUCAGCGAAAUACACCAGCAUGGCAGAAACUUAGGUAGGGCCAGGAAUAUAUACUUUAUACAAUGUACUCUCCAUUGCUGCU